UACGGUCGUCGCCAUAUUGACUUGGGUUUUCCAGAACGUGACUUCAACUUGUGAAUGAUCAGCUUUUCAAAAUAGAGUUGGAUAUAUAAAAUGGGGAGAAUUACGACGAUCACUUCAACUGGACUUCCGCUCGUCUUGUGUUUCAUCAUGAUGGCAUUCUUACGGGUUGAUUGCUGUCGCACUGGUAUCAACAGAGCGACAGACGAAGCCGCCCAUAAAGCCGAAGUAGCAAGGCGUGAGGCGCAACAUCUUGGACAUGUCCUUCGAGAAUCUGUCGAAAUCUUGCGCAGUGAUAUGGAGACUGCUCUUCAUGACAUUGAUCAACAAGUGGGUCAAGUGGGACGCUACGUCACACAGGAGCUCGGCCCUACAAUUGAAGACGCCGCGAAUAAGUUCAAUGAAAAUAGCCAAGAUGUUAUCUUUAGGAUUGAGUCCUCCCUCAAUAAUCUCGACAGCGCCAUCGACAUGACUGCUUCUAAGGCAUCCAUGCUUUUCGAUCUUCUGAUAGUGUUAGUGUUAUUGGUCAUUGGUGCUUUCUGUAGGAAAAUCUGUAUUGGGGAUAGAUUCCUGAGAAUAGUCUUCUGGCUGUCUGAGACGGCAUCCUUAUCUACCGCAGUAGCAAUGGCCGGGCCUGUUAUAUUUCGCAUAGUCACCGGACACGAACCCGCCAACUAUCAAAUGUUAAACACUGUCGUUUUCAUCUCGCUUGUUCGCAUUAUUGUGCAUGUUUCACUACCAUUACUCCCCGUGUUGUACAUGUUCUGCAAAGAAUGGGUUAGUGUGGUUAACAUCAUUCGGUCGUUAUUUCUGAUGCUGUCUGUGUGGCUUGUUGGAUCCGCCCUGACCAGUGGCAAUAUCAUCACCAUAUCACUCCUUGGCUGUUCGGUUGUUUUACUUGUAGCAUUGCAGCUUCAGGUCCACGACCCUGCAGCUUGUCUAUAUGCUUGGGUUCUUUCGCGAUUGGUUCAUCUGUCAUCCUAUAACCCGAAAGAAUGGCAGAGGAAAAUGAGAUGAGAGAAAACAAGAAGAGAGGUGGGAGCCCGAUAGUGGGGAUGUAUUGGUAUAUAACUUUAUCAUGCCGCACGACGCCUCCAUCUUCGUCAUGUUCCUCGUAUUGAAUAACAAUAACGAAUGCUUAUAAAUCAUUUUGCAAAUAAGAACCAGACUAUUUUGUU